GCCUCCACUUCAACUCUCCGGAAUCGUUCGUUUGGUCGUUACUUGCGUGCCGUCGGUGGUCUGCGCUCGUCUCACGAUGUCCGGAGUUUACCGAGCGCCAGCCUUGGUUUUGGUGUUGAUUUUCGGCGCUGUUUUUAUGGAGCCGACUUCUUCUCCAGCUCCGAUUUCAGCUCCUUGUGCCUCGAGAUCCAACACCAGUUGUGAUGAAUGCCUGCAGAAUAUGACAUGUUUGUGGUGCACACCAACCAAACAAUGCAUGGACUACCCAGUGAGGAACAUCCUGCCCCCCCACAGUGUGUGUCCACUGAAUGAUGCACGAUGGGGGUUGUGUUGGGUAAACUUCCAGAUUGUGAUCAUCACCAUGUCGGUGCUGGGUGGCGUCAUCAUUAUUGGCAUUAUUGUUUGCUGCUGCUGCUGCUGCUGCUGCAAGUGUGAACGAAUUGGGAACAAGAGAGAAGACACUAAAGUGGAGCGACAAACCCGGGCGAGGAAGAGCAGUCAAAAAGCGAAGAGAACAGAAAUGCAUCUCAGACAUGAUGAAAUCAGGCAGAAAUAUGGUAUGGCAAAGGAUAACCCAUACGCCCGUAUGAACGAUCAAUGAGAAGAAUUUCAGCAAUGAUUCCUUAAGGAAAUCCCUUAAGAUAAUUUGAUUGAUGCCAGUAACAUUUAAAUACAUCUGUAGCAUAUACACAACUGUGAUUCUCUGACUUGAUUUCAGUGUCUGUGAAAAAGCACAAAGAUGUUCUGAAAUUGUUUUGCGUGCACUAUAUUUCAAACAUGGUCCAUUCACCAAAUGUUUCAUAUUUUAUAUAUGUUGCUUUCUGUUGGUAUACCAUAUUCACAUUUCUUAUGCCUUUAUUAGAUGUCACUGAGGAGAAUGUGUUCAGUUAAUUUGCUUUUCAGUCCACACAAGAAACUUGUAUGUAAGGGCAAAUCUGCCAAAGCAUGUAGUCCUCCAUGAUUAGUUUCAUUUAGCAUAAAAUGCACUUUUGAUAGAUUUCUCGAACUCAAGAGUAGAUCAGAGCGUAUGGUGCUUCUUUUACAACUAGCAGUCUUAUUUUCAUACUAUAUUACUGAUCAGCAUUCACGUCUCACGUGCAACAUUUAUUUUUAUAUAAAAAGUUAAUUUAUCGCAUGUAACUCAUUUUACACUUAUCGCUUUUUUACAUGUGAAUAAAUAUCAGGAUCAGAUAGUUUGAGAACCUUCCUGGAUAAAAAAAAUUAACUACAUGUUUUUUGUGCAGCUUUUGUGAAAACCAAAUUGUGACCAUUUAAAAAUGAAAUGAAUAAAAUAUUUUGGGUGACUUUAA